GGGGCGUCUCGCGAAUGAAUGGAUACGUCGCCACGCGGCGACGAAGGCCCGCUGCCGCCGGUCGCCGGAGAUCCCAUCGCCACACCAUCCGAAUGGCCUUGGGCGAGUCGGCUUCCUUGGCACGUGCUUGGAGAACACGAGGAAGAAGAUCAACGCCGUCGCUGUCGCGGUGCCGUGGUGUGGCUCCGUGGACUGUGGUGUGGAGUAUUAUAAACAGGACGGGCAGAGGCCGGCCGCAGCCGCCAACUGCAGAGUGCUCCUUCGGUCCCCUUCCCCAUUCCCCAUUCGGGCAGAGGCCGGCGCGCGCAAGAUCUGAGCCAAGGCGAUGGAGUCGCCGUUCCGGGCGGACGUGCUCAAGGGCAAGGCGGCGCUAGUCACCGGCGGGGGAUCCGGCAUCGGCUUCGAGAUCGCCGCCCAGCUCGCGAGCCACGGCGCGCAGAUCGCCAUCAUGGGCCGCCGCCGCGAGGUCCUCGACAAGGCCGUCGCCGCCCUCCGCUCCCAGGGCCUCCGGGCUGUCGGUUUUGAUGGAGAUGUCCGCAAGCAGGAGGACGCGGCCAGAGUGCUCGCGGCGACAGUUGAGCAUUUCGGCAAGCUUGACAUUCUUGUUAACGGCGCAGCUGGCAACUUCCUUGCUUCCCCGGAGGAUUUGACGCCCAAGGGAUUCCGAACAGUUCUCGACAUUGACACUGUGGGUACAUACACAAUGUGCUUUGAAGCCCUCAAGUAUCUGAAAAAGGGUGGGCCAGGAAAAGGCCCGUCCACUGGUGGCCUAAUCAUUAACAUAAGUGCAACACUGCAUUACACUGCAACUUGGUACCAAAUUCAUGUCUCGGCUGCUAAGGCAGGUGUUGAUAGCAUCACAAGAUCACUGGCUCUGGAAUGGGGAACUGAUUAUGACAUUAGAGUCAACGGGAUUGCACCCGGACCAAUUCAAGGUACACCGGGAGUGAGGAAGCUUGCGCCUGAGGAAAUGAGCAAGGGGUAUCGGGAAGUGAUGCCAUUGUUCAAGUUUGGGGAGAAGCGGGACAUAGCAAUGGCUGCACUCUACCUUGCUUCUGAUGCAGGCAAAUAUGUAAAUGGGACUACCCUGGUGGUUGAUGGAGGCCUUUGGUUAAGUCACCCUCGCCAUAUUCCCAAGGAGGAAGUGAAGGAGCUAUCAAAGCUUGUCGAGAAGAGGGUUAGGACCUCUGGUGUCGGCAUGCCAUCCAGCAAAUUGUGACCGUAUCUUUGCCACCCUUCUUUGUGAUCUGUAGCAUCUAUGCUUAUUGUUGUCACCAAACUCUAUUGACUAUGUGGCUCUUUGUAUGCUGAGAAGGGUUUGUUUAAUUGAGUAAGUUCAAAUAUUUACCGUCCUU